GUUGAGGCAUACAGCUUGGAAGGACACCUGCCGGCCGAGGAAGCACCUCAGCGCCAAGAACCAAGGACAGGCCGGGCAGACGGGCUCCUUCGGCCGCAGCGGCGUUCCCAAACUCUCGGUCCGGCAGAUCGUGACAUCCCUGUGCCGACCGUGUUCAACGGCGUCCGCGGAGGCUCAUUCUUACCGACCAGACCAGCUUCUGAAAAAAGAGAGAGAGCGGAUUUUCACUCAAACUAGACUUCCAACAUGUCGAGCACUCAGAUAGACAAUGGCUCUGCAAACUCAGUAGAAGCCAAGAAAACAGACCUGAGAAUGAAAGAGAAGAAAUGCUCAUGGGCAUCCUAUAUGACAAAUUCUCCAACGGUGAUCGUAAUGAUCGGCCUGCCUGCAAGAGGAAAGACUUACAUGUCAAAGAAACUCACACGCUACCUCAACUGGAUCGGAGUCCCAACUAAAGUGUUUAACUUGGGCUUAUACCGCAGAGAAGCUGUCAGAGCUUAUAAGUCCUAUGAUUUCUUCCGCCACGACAAUGAAGAAGCCAUGAAAAUACGGAAGCAGUGUGCUCUGGUAGCUCUGAAGGAUGUGAAGACGUAUCUGUCGGUGGAGGGAGGUCAGAUUGCGGUUUUUGACGCAACAAACACAACAAGAGAACGGCGAGACCUCAUUCUAGCUUUUGUGAAGGAUGCAUUCAAGGUGUUCUUUGUGGAGUCGGUGUGUGACGACCCAGAGGUCAUUGCUGCUAAUAUUCUGGAAGUGAAAGUGUCCAGUCCAGACUACCCUGAGAGACACCGAGAGAGAGUAAUGGAUGACUUCCUCAAACGAAUCGAGUGCUACAAGGUUACUUACCAACCACUAGAUCCUGAUGAUUACGACAAGGACCUAUCUUUCAUCAAGGUGAUGAACGUGGGUCGGCGUUUCCUGGUGAACCGGGUGCAGGACUACAUCCAGAGCAAGAUUGUCUACUACCUCAUGAACAUCCACGUGCACUCUCACUCCAUUUACCUGUGUCGGCAUGGAGAGAGCAACCACAACGUUGAAGGCCGUAUCGGAGGAGACUCAGAACUUUCUCCUCGAGGGAAACAGUUCGCCCAUGCCCUGCGAGAUUUCAUUGAGGAGCACCAACUGUCAGAUUUGAAAGUGUGGACGAGCCAACUGAGAAGAACCAUCCAGACAGCGGAGGAGCUGGGUGUCCCUUAUGAACAGUGGAAGAUACUCAAUGAGAUUGAUGCGGGUGUGUGUGAGGAGAUGACUUAUGAGAUGAUCGGGAACACAUUCCCAGAGGAGUUUGCUUUGAGAGACCAGGACAAGUACCAUUAUCGCUACCCAGGAGGAGAGUCUUACCAAGAUUUAGUUCAACGUUUGGAGCCGGUUAUCAUGGAGUUGGAGAGACAGGGCAACGUGUUGGUCAUCUGCCACCAGGCUGUGAUGCGCUGUCUGCUAGCUUACUUCUUGGACAAGAGUGCAGAAGAUCUACCAUACAUGAAAUGUCCGCUGCACACAAUACUCAAGCUAACCCCUGUUGCAUAUGGCUGUAAAGUGGAAAUGUUUUAUCUCAAUGUGGAGUCAGUAAACACACAUCGAGACAGACCCCUUGAUAAAAUCCAGAGGAACUCUGCUCUCAUACAUCGGCGGAAUAGUUACACUCCCUUGUCCAGUCACGACCAGUUCAAGCGUCCCAGGCUCUACAGUGCAGGCAACCAGCCCUGGCUACCGCUCGCCCCCACCCCAUCAGCUCUGAUGCCAGAGGGACGGCAAAGCCAAGAGUCCCUGUGCGAAGGCAGCGACUUCGACAGCCCCGAAGAAACAAGUGGCUGUGUCCGCUUCUGAGUGAAGAUGAAGGCCUCUUUCUUCAUGGCACAAUGUGGGAAAAGGUUCUGGGUUCAGUCAUGAUUUUUUUCUUUUACCACAUUCUAAGAAAUUAUGGUUGGAUGAUGAGUUCAUUUUUUUUGGCCAUGUCUAUCUCAACCUCUGUUUAACUUUAGUCUGCAUGCUGAGGCCUUGAACUAGAAGCCUUAUCAUUAGCAUCAUAAACACUUUUGCAUGUGUGACAAAAGCAAUCAAUCAGCCAAAACAAAUUGGCAACUAAUCCUCAUUGUAAAUACUACAAUGCCUUACUGAACUUUAAAGUAUAUUGAUAGAAUAGAAUUAUGUUCUCUGUAUGAAUUUAAAAAGAGCAAGUUAUUAUGAUGUAAGCCAGUUUGCACUCGUCCAAAUAGAACAUGUCAUGAAGUAUAUAUAAAUAUUUUUAUAAUAAAAACUGUCAUCUAUAAUGCAAACAAUCUGUAGUUGUGAUUUAUGUAAAAUGUAUUUAUCACUGUGUUCUGUAUUUCUAACCACAAUCUUAUUAUGUCUUAUGAUAUUGAUUUGCUUUAGAUCUGAGAGAAUGUACUUGUUGAGUUCUGAAGGAAAUUAAAAUAAUGUGUUUCUGUAUGAACUGAAUUUCUUUCUUAUGUUUUGUAUGCCUUGUAUGCUGUAUGUGUUGUAAAAUAAAUAUACCACAUGGGAAUUCUGUACACCAGAAGCAGAUAAAGAAACGUCUGUCACAAGCUGCCAUUUAAAUACCUAAUUAGGAUGGUGUUAUGUCACAAUGUACACUACAUCCUAAAUGUCCAUCUUUUAAUCCAUUGUUCUUUUUGCCUGUACAGUUUAUACUAUAGGAAGGGGUUUUUAUUCAGCUAAACAUAACAUGCUGAUGGCAUUCUGUCUAUUUCUUCACUUUUGUGUUUAUGUUAUACUGUUUUAAUUGCUUUAU